GUAUUGCACAUAACAUUCCCAAUUCGACGUGAGGAUGGUACAUUCGAGUUAAUUGAAGCUUGGCGGGCGCAACACAGUGAACAUCGAAUGCCCACUAAAGGCGGUAUUCGAUUUGCGGAAAGCGUCGGCGAAGAUGAGGUAUGCAUUUGGAAACCAGAAAUUCCAAAAGCUUUGCUUAAGUGUUAA